CUCCCAAGUUUGGACCGAACAUUGGAGGAACCCCUCUAGCCUGCCCGUCCAGACACCAUACCAUGGGUCCCGUCGCGAAACAGGGCGAAUCAGGAAGCCCGAUCGGGGCUGUCGCUGCCGCUGCCGUUGUUGUUGUAUCCAAUCAGCGGCGGCGGCGAAAGAGAAGCCGACCGUCGCAGCACUGCGGGGGAACGGGGCGCCGGGAUGGAUCRUCGGCCUUAUACGCAAAAGCUUUUGUUCCGGGUGGCCCGGAUUCGUACCGGGACGACGACACCCGCUUUGCCUUUCUCGACAAGGACGGCGACGACCUGGCGGACGGGAGGCCGAGGUACCGGAGCCUCCCGCUGCUGCUGGAAGAACGAAGGGGCGGGGGCUGGCGCUCGGAGAAGAAGCGAUGGCAGUCCGAGAUGCUCUUCCGGUUUACCAAAAAGCCGGCCGAGAGCUWCAUCGCGAGGCGGCAGUGGAGGWGCUUUUCUCACCGGAGGAUCCCCUUUACCCAGCUGGGGUCGCCGGCGUCGGACGCCGUUCUCGCCAUGGAACGCAGCGGCGAUUAUCUUUUGAGCCUUGGAAGCAUGGACGGGGCUGCCCACACGGGGCUGGCUCUGCGGUUUUAYGGCAUCCACGGCUCCGCCGGCAGGAACCGAGGCAUCGGGAGCGGAAGCACCAGAAGGGCGCCCCUGUUCCAGACAACUCCGCUGCACAGCGGGGAAUCCUUUGCGGGUGGCUCGAUCCCGAAUCUAGGGGGAGAGAUCUCACCGUCCACCACACCGGUGGAACUAUUGAUCUCGAGCGAUUGGAAGGUGGGAGUCGCUUUUUUGUAUCCACCGAGAAGCAACGGAACCCUGCAGGUGGGUGCACAGGAGAACGAGUACAACCCGGGCGCGGACCAGACUGCUUCGGCGGUGCUCUUCACCCUGCCCCGGAGGCAAUCUCCUUCCGGAACGGCCGGUCGUGACGGCAACGAAGCACCUGCGCUCUCCAGGGUGUUCGAGUACAAGAAUGCCCCGGUGUUCCGCAGCGACAGCCGGCGAAAGCUGCUGUGGUGCGUGGAAAGCAUUCCCAACACGGCCRGGAAAAGCCCCGGCACGAACGGAAGCCUCUGCGAAACGUGCUUUCGGGCUCCGGGAUACCUGCUGCUGACCGACGAGGGCRACGGGUUUCGGCUGACCUGGGCCACCGAGCCUUCCUUUCUGGUGCCUUCKUGCCUCGAGGACGUGGCGGCGGACGCCCGGUUUGCCGGCGGCAGGAGGGCCUCCGGAGGCGCCUCCGGAGGCGCCGGCAUGCUCUCCCACGAGCCCUUCUGCUGGGAAGAAACCCGUUGCAGGGUCCGGACGGGGGAGGCAGUAACGAGCCUCCCGGGCGAACGCGGUGCAACCGCCACGCCGGCGCAGGUGGGCAUCGCCGGCGAGGGCUUCCUGCACCUCGGCGUCCUGCUCGCCGAGAUCCUCUCCCGCCGGAGGGGGAUUUCGGAGGCCGGUCCGGAGUUUUGCUACAGCCUGGUGGCCCUGAACCGCGCGGGCAGGAUCGCCGACGUCGUGCUGGGUUUUGCCCGGAAGCGAAAGGCGUGCUCGAUCGGGGUCUUUGUCAGCAUCGACCUCUUUGCCGGGCUCUUUGUGGAGCUCGACUGGGUCCAGAGCAAGGGCAAGAAGGACGCGGCGCAGGUKCAGAAAUGGUGCAACRCCCUGGCCGUGAACCGGCGAAUGAGGGAGACGAGGGCCGGCCCGUUUUCCGUCCCCGGCCGGACGGCCGUCGACUGCAGCCGGUUGUGCAGGGAAACCUUUGCGUUCGACAACGACGAGGAAGACGACUACGACGAAUCCUACUGGAGGGAGUUUGUCCUGGGGGAWGCUUCCGGGGAAACGAAACGGCGACAGGCCCCCAAGCUGGUGACGCUGUCCUCUCUCUAUCCGUGUUGCGACGUCAUCACGAACAAUGCAAUCACAUCGUUCGAACCAGUKAUGUCGAUCAGGGCCAAGUGCUCUCCGAUUCAACUGGUUUACAACUAAACARCAAAACCGACACCUUCCGGAGRUUUAAUKKGCAAA